AUGCAUUAAUUAGUAAAAACAGGAAAAUCAAAAAGCUUUAAAGAUUAUUCCAUCUUAAAAAAAGCCUCUUCCACAUCUAAAAUUAUUGAAUAAAGUUAAAGUGCAUUUAUGAAACAAUAAAGUUUUGAAGUUAGAACAUCUAGGAAAAAAAGUUCAAUAUUUUUGAAGGAUAUUAUUGAUUAAUCAAUAUUAAUUGAAAAUAUUAAAACUAUAUAAAAGUAAAUACUUUACAUUAUAUAUAUAAAUAGUCCAAAUUUACACUUAGGAAUGAAUUUAUUAUAAUAAAAAAUUUGGGAAAGAAUCUAAAAAUGUUCAUAAUAACAAAUUGUAUACCAAUAUUUAUAUUUUUAGGAUGAAUACAGUAAUAUAGCAAUUAUAGUCUUAAAACCAGAUUAUGAAUAUGAGUUCAAUUUUUCAAUCUCUAAAUUUUCAUGUUUCAAUACCAUUAAACAAUUAACUGAAUCCUUAGCAAAAUAAUUUCAUAAUCUUACAAAUAAUAGUAUGAUUAUAUUUAUUUAUCUAUAUAAGAUUUAGAUGAACCAUUUUUAUCAAUGCUAAUUGGUAAAAUAAAAACUCAAAGAUUGGACGGAGAUAUGAGAUUAUUCGAAUUACUUAACAUUAUUAUGAAUGGUAGAAAACUAUUAGUUCUUUAAAGUUUAAUCUAAUGA